AACAAUUCUCUUCGGCCUCAAAGUAAAGAUUCGUGCCCUCCGUAAAUAGCUAAGAAAGAUGAACCCUAUGACGAAUAUGAAAAAUGUGCUCAAGUUGAGCGAUCAGGAUUUGAAACGCGGCGGCACAAACUCUUGGCACGAUCAGUACCGCGGUAGUGCGUGGAUAUUUGUGGGCGGAUUGCCUUACGACCUGACCGAGGGCGACGUCAUAUGCGUGUUCUCGCAGUACGGAGAGAUCGUAAACAUCAAUCUGGUGCGUGAUAAGGUAACGGGAAAGUCGAAAGGAUUCUGUUUCAUCUGCUACGAGGACCAACGGUCAACGAUUUUGGCCGUGGACAAUCUGAACGGCAUCAAGGUGGCGGGCAAAACACUGCGGGUCGACCACGUGCAGGACUACAAGCCACCGAAGGAAAACGAAAAGACAGACGCAGAAACCCGACAGCUGUACAUGGAAGGCUGUGCUCCUAAAGUUCAGCCGGCACCGGAAUCCGCUCAUCGACGGAGUCGAAAGGACAAGUGAUUCGUGCUAAUUGAUAAGGAAUUAUUUGGCAGGGACUACUAAACAUUGACAUGGCAAAACAUUAUGCUUCAAAAAGUGCAGUUCAACGUUAAGAACUCGCAAAGAAAGACAAGUCACGCUGGCUUAAGAGGGCCUACCACGACAUUCGCGAAGGAUUGGCAACCUUUGCCCAUAAC